AUGUCAUCUAUCACUGACCAACCAGCCCAGGAGUGCAGUGCUGGCCUCACCACCGGCAAUAGGUAUAAUAUCUGCAUCAAUUUUGGUAAAACAUACUUAUGGAACCUUCACGUCUCCUCAGUGGCUGACCCACGAGCUGCAGGCCAUGCACCCUUCACAGAUGUAGGCGGUGGCAGGUUCCAUCUGAAAAGUGGCAUCACUAUCGGAUCCCACCAGGCAAAAAAAGCCUUGGGCCAACGGAAGCCAGCACUCAUGGCUAAGGACAUAGCUCAGGCACUUUGGGGACGUCAGGGGCUGGCAGACCGCACUUAUGGGGGCAAAUUAGCCCCAAAAGACUACCACAAGCCCGACGCCAUCUUGCGGAAAGAGAUGACCCCUGAGAAAGUCGCUCUUGUGAUUGAGACAGUAACACACUGGGGCACGAGGGCUGGGGUCCCAGUUGCAGACGCCAUCGAUAACAUUUCUACCAUCCUCUCCCGAAAGAUACAAGACGUGCGCAAAAGCCUGAAGCGGCAAAAUAUGUAG